CGCCGCACGUUGGAAGAGGAUCCCAUCCAUGUUUUGAGAAAAUGCUUGCCCGUGGUUGCGAAAGCUUUUGUUCGUUGAAGAAGUUAUUUCCUGUCGUUGUUGCAGGAGUGACUAGAGCUAAACACACUCUUCCAGAUUUACCGUACGAUUAUAAUGCUCUGGAGCCCACAAUCAGCGCGGAAAUCAUGCAAAUUCAUCACCAAAAACACCAUGCUACCUAUGUGAACAAUUUGAAUGUUGCCGAGGAGAAGUUUGCCGAGGCUCAAGCAAAAGGUGAUACAAGUGCCAUGAUAGCUCUGCAGCCAGCCCUGAAGUUUAAUGGCGGAGGUCAUAUCAACCAUGGAAUAUUUUGGACAAAUCUUUCUCCUAAUGGUGGCGGAGAACCGACAGGUGCCCUGAUGGAAGCUAUCAAGAAAGACUUUGGUUCAUUUGAGAGCUUUAAAGAAAGGUUCAACACAGCAACAAUAGCUGUUCAAGGUUCAGGAUGGGGCUGGCUGGGGUAUAACAAGGUUGAUAAGCGCCUGGUGAUCACUACAUGUGCCAAUCAGGAUCCUCUUCAGGCCAGUACAGGUUGGGUGCCUCUUCUUGGAAUUGAUGUGUGGGAGCAUGCAUAUUACCUGCAGUACAAGAAUGUACGCCCAGACUAUGUGAAGGCCAUUCACAAAGUUGUCAACUGGGCAAAUGUGGCAGAGAGAUACGAUGCUGCUAAAUUACAACAUGUCGCUUAAUGUGUUUAGGAAGACAUUUUUAGUUUGGUGUGAAGUUUGUUAUACUUUGGUGAUAAAAAGUCUGUAGUAUGUAGUUGUCAGUAGAUUUAACAUGUUCAAGAUGCUGUCAGGAAAUGGAGAAUAAGGGCAAACAAGGUGUUCUUGUGCAAUAUGUUCGCUUAGCAUGUAAAAGCAGCCUUUUUUGGUUUUUCAGCCAUGUGUAGAGCAAGUGAUAAAAUGGGCUGCCUUUGGUGCUUACCAUUUGCCAAAAAAUCUGGAAAUUUUGGUUGAAAGUCAAAUGGAACUGUUAUAGUAAUUUUUCAGAAAAUCUGUUUGGAAAUUGUAGACUACCUCCAGAGGUACCUAUUCUUUUUCCCUUUGGAAUGGAAUGGCAGAAAUUUCCUUACCAUUUGCUAAAUUUUCCAGUUUCCUGGUCUCUCCUCAGCCAAAUUAGCACCAUCUUGUUUGGUUGGUUUGCUGAUUUUGGAAAAACCCUCACCAUUAUUCAAUGGUCAUCCCAACUGGUUCAUUCUGACAAAUGGUAAGCACCCAAUGUUACUUUAUAAUUUUACUAACCAGUUCACGAACAAAUUUGAUUUGUUUUAUAUACAUGUGCAUAAUUUUUGUCAUGUUGAGUAGUUGUCAAAGUAGACCUAACUAUAAAACUUUACUUACAAUGGAAAGUAAGAGAGAAAUAAAAGAAGCUAGUGAACAUAACUAGAAGUAGCUUUUUGGUGAAAACUUUAAAAAAAAAAGCUCCA